CAUUAUGAUCAACUUGAAUAGCCAGUUUCCCCGGCCUAUCCUACAGAAAGAGGCUGAGGAGCUUUAAAAGCUCAAUUUCUGUAAGGAAGAAACAGGAACGAAAGCCUGGAAUAAACUGGGAUUCUUUCUCUUUUUUUCUGGAAAGCCUGGAAUAAACUGGGACUGACAUCUCACUCUGCUGCCCAGAGGGAUCUGCAGGCAAUCAUAUGAAAGGAGGAAAGCAGUUGAGUAUACGUUGUCUUUCGCCUGUUCACUUAUACUCUGAGCGUUCUCCCCAGGAAGUCUGCAAAUGCUGCAGCUACAAAGAGAAAGAGGAGGGGUAAAUAGGCUCCAAUUGCAGGAAUAGGCCCUCCCUGCCAAGCCGUCACUGCCGGCAGCCGCCCUUCCUGAUUUUGCAAAAAAAUUAGCCCAUCCAAUCUUUUUCAGCAGCUGCCCUGCAGGCACAAAGAAAAAAGUCUGGGAUCUCCCAUUUUCUUUCUUUUGUCUCAUGGACUAUGCCAGCUCACCAAUUUAGGAGCCCUACUGUUGCUUCACUGAAGACAUCUGUUGAGCUGAACUGGGCCAGACUAAUUAAAGCAGCUGCCAACAGCACUACUAUUGAUAUAAAGCCUUCGUCUCCAAUCCAUCCAAAGCAACGUCAGUGGCAAUAGCAUAUUUAGCCUCAAAUUUCUGCUGCCACCACCUGAGAUUCCAGACCAUGUUUCCACAGCCCCUGCUACUUUAGUGACAAGAACUAAAGAGAUGGGUGUGACUUCGGUGCGUCGGACAACCUUGUCUAUCAAGAAUCGUUCUCGUGGUACCAGUAACACUAUGCUACUGCCUUCCAUGUUGAUGUUUGGUGUAAUUGUGGCAUCUAGUGGCUUACUCCUCAUGAUUGAGAAGGGAAUUUUGGCUGAGAUGAAGCCCCCACCCCUCCACCCCUCUGCUAAAGAAAUGUUUUGGAGAACUGGCAGUAGGAAAACAGCAAGAGAUAUGGAUUACCAAGUGCUCCAGGACAUCCGAAAUAGGACAAUCCAUACCAUUUGCAGACAAAAAAACAUGCCCCGCACCAUUUGGGAUCUGUCAGCAGGCCAGAGGAGGACAGUGCUCAAACAUAUCCUGGUUAGUGACAAACAUCGUUUUUUAUACUGUUAUGUUCCCAAAGUGGCUUGCUCCAACUGGAAACGGAUUUUGAAAGUUUUAGAUGGUGCAUUGGAGAAUGUAGAUAUUAAACUUAAGAUGGAUCACAAAAAGGAUUUAGUUUUUUUAAAUGACAUGAAACCAGAUGAGAUUCGUUAUCGAUUAAACCACUAUUUCAAAUUUGUGUUUGUCAGAGACCCAAUGGAAAGACUUUUGUCUGCUUAUAGGAAUAAAUUUGGUGAGAUUAAAGAAUAUCAGUUAAAAUAUGGUUUAGAAAUAGUCAAAAGGUAUAGGAAAAACAUUGGAAAAAGCAUGGGUGAUGAUGUCACCUUUUCUGAAUUUCUCCGGUAUCUCAUAGAUGAAGAAACAGAAAAAAUGAAUGAACAUUGGAUGCCAAUUUACAACCUGUGUCAACCCUGUGCUGUAAAGUAUGAUUUCAUAGGAUCCUAUGGGAGACUUGAAGAAGAUGCCAAUUUUGUUCUUGAAAGAGUACAAGCACCAUCCUUUAUACGUUUCCCAGAAAGGCAAGCAUGGUAUAAGCCUGUAAGUCCGGAAACUCUGCAUUAUUAUAUGUGUAAUACUCCAAAAGAACUUAUAAAACAGCUAUUACCGAAAUAUAUUCUGGAUUUCUCUUUAUUUGCAUAUUCCCUUCCAAAUGUUACUAGUGAGUUUUGCAGGCAAUGAAAGUUUCUUUUGUGAAGCAAACUGUAUCCUAUGCAAUUUUUUCUAAUUUCAUGGUUUCCUUUUAAUACUUUUGAUAACAUUAUGAGUUUACUAUACAUGCUAUCUUAAAAAAAAAGCUUUAAAUUUUAUACUAUAUACAUAAAGAUAUACAUCAUUGAACUAAGCACAGCAUUAUUAUUUGAACAGUGUUUUGUGUACAUUAGAAACAAGGCAUUUUUGUAAUUGCAAAAUAGCAACUGUAGGACAGUAAGUUUUAGGAAGAUUGCAAAACAGGAGGAGGACCAUAAAGUAAUAAAAACUAGGCUUGUACAGAGAAACCAGAAAAACAUGCUGGAUGUGCACCAUUUCAUGUUUACUAAUACAAAUGUGAAGACAGCAGUUUCACACAAUAUUGCAUUAAAAUAUAGUGACAGGAUUUUUAAAAUAGCUAGUAUAGCUAUUAAGGCAGAUAGUAGCCCUAAUAUUUUUGAAAGCAAGUCACAUCCUGUUUGUUAGACAUACUUCCAUAUAACAAGCAAAAGAUCAGGAUUUAAAUUAAAUACAAUUUACAUAAUGGCUUAAAAUAUUUAUCAGAGCUGGUAUGAACACUGAAAUAUAAGGCCAUUAAUAAAGCUGGUUGAAAUUUAAUUGUCUAAAAUGCAACUCAACGUUUAGAAGGGAAAGGUAGGAAGAGUGAAGAUAUGAGUUUGUAUUUGCAAUUCAAACUGUGUAUCUAUAUGUACUUUAGGUUCCCAUGAUGGACAUUGUAUUUUUCUUACUAUGAUAGUUUUGUAGGCUACGAUGACUUUUUAUUUCUGUAUUGAAUGUAAACUUGGGUGUACUUUAUUUGUGAAAGAAAAUAUCUUUUAUAUAAUCUCUCAGGAUUUACUUCUUGUAAACUGUUACAGUUUUGUUAGCAGCCUGAUUAUUCAGAUCAUUUGUUAAAUUUUGACUAUCUACUCGAAUCCUUGAUUGUUUAUGACAUCGUAUGACAUCAUUUCAUUUCCUGGAAAGAAUAAAAAGCAAUGAGGUUGUACACUGGACAGUUAUGUGUAUCACUGAACUGCCUUUGCCACAGAAACAUGAAUAUUGUCAGAUACAAUAGUAGAAGAUACUAUAUCAUAUAAUAUUCAAUAUUUUGUGCAUGGACUGGAGGACUCCCAUCUUCAAGCAGAAAAAGUGUCUAGGAUUAACAAACAAUAGCUUUAAUUUUCAGAUGAUUAUACUUUUUCCAUUUUUAAAAAAGUGUAAUUGUUUACUUGGAAUUGUAUUUUGCCUUUUACUAUGCAUUUUUAAAGUAAAAAAAUAAAAAAAAACUUACCAUUAUCAUUUGAAGAGAUUCUUCUCAUCUUUUAUCUUUGUUCAACUAGUUGUAUGUAGAUACUGUGAUUAGAAAUUAAAUAAACUAUGUGUCAAAAUGGGUGUGGAAUAUGCCUAGUUCACUGAACCAUUGGUAGUUCAGCAUAGCCCACCCAUGUCUUAAAUCCUUGGCGAAAAGGCACCACCUACUAUCCAUGCACUACUGAGAAAAGUUGUGAAAACUGAAACAAUUUAAAAAGUGACAAAACAUGAGUUUUGAUCCUGCAAGAUUUGUAUGCUCAAGUUUCCUUUGAUUACACAAUGUCAUCUCAGGAUUCCAGAAGUAGCCUUUCCUAUAGUCGUGCCUACCUAUUGGAAUGAGGUUCUCCCUGAAAUUUUGAUGAAACACAUUCUUCAAUUGUUUAGAAAAGCCAUUAAGAGCUCUUCACUCAGUCAUCUGCAAUAUAUGCUUGCCACCUUUUAAAAUUUUUUAUUGUAAUUUGAUUGUGAACUGCUGAAUGCUUUGGGAAUCCGGGUAUGCAAAUUUAAUAAAUAAAAAUAAGGCUUUCAUAUCUUCUCUUGACACUAUUGGUCACAUUAGCUAUAUAUUACUAUUAGAAUCAUAAGUAGCAUAGUUGAAUUCCAAUGGUGGACAUGAUCAGAUAAUGUUUUAUGUUUUUUGAAAUCAUUUGAAUGUAUUAAACUGGCACACAUUAUAUAAACUGGGUCUAUUAUACUUUUGUAAACAUUCAUUUAUGCUUCAGUUAUCUGAUAAAACAGAGGACCAUCCUUAAAGAUAUUGUCUCCAUCAUAGUAAAUGUUUUUUAAAGAAUACUUUCUUAUCUUCAAUCAUGAUCAUUAUAAGCCUGAUCUGACCUGAACUUUGUGAGGCACUGUGGUAAAAUUGGGAAAUUCAUGGAAGAUAUAUUACAUAUAGUCAGGAGAUAUAAAGCUCCUGGUAACUUAUCUUUUAAAUAACAACACAGAUAGGAGGAAACCUAGGAAGAAACAUUUCAAAUUAUUCAAGGAGAUACCACCUUAAUGAGCUGGCUAAUAUGAGGAUUAAUAAUUCACUUUCUCUUUUCAAGACUGUAUUCAGGAUAUCUCUAAGUCUAUAGUUCCUACAUCUUGAACUUGUCCAGCUGUGUGGGGCUUUAUAAAUAUAAACUUUACAGUGAACCUAUAAUAAUAUGCGGUAUAAUAAUCACAAUGUUCAAUUUCUAUGGAACACCAAAAAGUGGGACACCUAAAGGGCAUGCAUAAA